AUGCCUCAAAAACCGUAUCCACCCCUCCCCGGGAACCCAAUUCUUCUCCCAUCCCCUUCAGAUAUUAUACUUGCCGUUGAUUCCUCGGAUGAAGAAUCGCCUGCCGCCCAACAAGCCAAGAAUCAGCGGAUCUUGGGGCAUGCCCAGAGUUAUCUCAACGGCCAACCGCUAUACAUCCACUCUGCACGACUGCGAGGCCCGGUGAUAAACAACCCUUGGGGGAAGGGGGCUAAGCAAACAAAGAGAAAACCUGUGGCCCAGAUGGAAGAAAAGCACAAGUCGAAGAAGCGGAAGGCUCUGUGUGAGGAAGAUGAAAGGGAGGUUCUCGGGACUCCUACACAACAGCCGGAGUGGGCUGUAUGGGGCACUGAGGGGAGGAGGGGUAAUAGGAAGGCUAUUCUGGAAUCUUCACCCGAUGCUGAAGAGCUCUUACGGUCAGCCUGCUCGAGUCUUGGUGAAUCAGUCGCCUCCCAGCCGAUUACGAACCGUGAUGGGGUACAGAGGAAGGAGGUACAGAUGGCCGUGGUGUUUUCGAAUGAUGUUACCCCUGUGGUCACGCCAGCCAAUCGGAUGGAAAAACACAAACGGAGACUCCCAACUCCUCCAGCCCUUUCUCCGGGCUCCUUCUACAAGAAAUCGGGGACCAGGCCCACACCUAGAGCAGCUUCAAACCCUGCACUAAAAUCUGCGUCGGGGGAUAAAGCUGAGCCAACAAAACACCCGUCUCGGUCGGUUUCUCAUUCACCUGUGUGUGGUAACCAAGGAAGGGCUUCCAUUCAGAGUCGUGCAUCGCCAGCUGCAGUUUCCCGAUCGAAAAGUAGGCCCGGCGAGGUAGAUGAGGAUGUCAUCGCGCCCGAGGCAGACAAGGUGAUGCCACCACUGGCCCCUGCGGAUGCGAAAAAGAAGCGGAUACGAAUAAAUUUCACUACAAUGUCGCCAUUUGCGAAGCAACCAACGGGUACCAGGAUGGAAGCUAAAAAGACUCCGAAGAAGAGACGGAAAAGGGUUGAUAAUAGUGGCAUGAACAACGACCCGGAGGAUCGCCUUUCGGGAUCUGUGACCCGAGGUCAGGCGACGAAAGAGCUUUCGAUCGUUGGAAUUGGGGGGCGGGCAGUUGGAGAGCGUGUGGGCCCUGGUAUAAAUAAACAUGUCGUUGAGAAUAGGCAAUCUGAUACGAACGGCAAUGACGCUAGGCUGGAAGCCCGGGACAAGAACGCCGAGAUUGUGACAUCAGAAGCCUCGCCCAUCGGAAAAUCCGAUUCUCAUGCGUAUGUGUAUCCUGCUGCGGUUCGCCCUCACCGCCCUCAAGUAUUCACUUUAACGGGUUGCAGGUCCGAACCGCUGUCAUCAGGUAGUGAAUCUGUUUCUCUACAGCCCGCUCAGAGAACAACAAUCUUUGUAUCGCCGUCUCCAAUUAUGGCAGCCUCUGGAGAGAGAUUUACGGGGGGUAUUCACUCAAAAGUGACUCAUGUUUCAAAGCCGCUCGCCGGGAAGGUGGCCUCCCUUGACCACGCGUCUUCAGCUGAUCACAUAGGAGGCCAGCAGGCAGAUCCAAAGUCAAUAGAGAAGCCCCCGGAACGCGACAUUGCUGCGAUGUCCUCGGCAGUAGCCAGUGAACUCCCACAAUCUCAUGGACAGAGUUACUUCUCAGCACCCGAAGUGCGGAGGAAUGGGGAGGGUGUAGCGGAUGAAGACCCGGAACCAUACCAGAGCACUCAGACACAAUUAAUGGCUGCGAAGAGAGGCUUCUUUGACGCCCUCAAUGAUUCUCCAUUCUUUCCACAGUCGAAAUUGAGUACUACGACCGAGGGAACACCGAGUGUAUUGCAACCAGAUUCAUUCUUCAAUCUCGAUGCCAGUAAAACGCCGACGUUGAGUUUUGGCGGAAGUUGGGGAAACCGUGGAAAAAUCACUGACACCGACCCAACGUCAUUUAAAACGCCUGUGCCACGCAACCGCCGGAAAACAUCUAGUGAUAUUCGGGUCCCGGGAGCUAAUCCACCACCGCCUCCGCCGCUGAUGGGCGCGGAGUUUGCGGAAACGGUUGGCAUUCUCAAACCAUCGACUCCGGAAGGAACUACGUUUACUCCAUUUGCAGCAUUCGCCACACCAAACGGCACACCCGAACCAACUCAGAAAGACAUCAGUCCACUAACGUUCUCCCCUAUCCGGGAUGCGACCCAACACCCACCCCGCGAAGGGUCGAGUACCAAAGCCUAUGUAAAGUUUGUAGGAUUUGGCUUGCUGGAUGAAGACGAAGAUGCUACAAGUCUCAACCUUGGGCCGAACAGUUUCCCCGGGCCCGGCCAAAAGGCUCCCGAUGAUAAAGAAGAUCUGGUGAAAGAAGUAAUGGGCUUCAUGGGUCAGCAAGUCUGGGAUAUUGAUGAGGAGCUGAAGAAGAUGGCCAAAGGGAACCAGAGCACCAAAAAUGCCGAUACCGGGAAGAAGAGAAGAGGUCUUGGAAGGUAGCUGCAUUCGGGGAGGUUUCUAUUUCUUUCUUUAAUUUUUCACCCUCAAUAUUAUUCCUUUGCGUUUGGGUAUUCUUCUUGUGAAUAGUACAUGGGGCAAUUACAGGCGCUAUUGGUGGGGCGUUUAUGGGGGCUGUAUUCCGUUGGCCGUGAGGCAGCGUAAUGGGAGUGCGGCUGAAGGUGUGGUUGAGGGUGUGAGGUCGGGGCAGUUUAUUAGUGGGGUUUGCAUUGCCGUGACUCUAUGGUGUUAUAACUGGAUUCUGAUGUAUUAUAGUGGGUGGUAUUUGCUGCACAACUAGGAAUUAAUCGGGGGGGGUCCUCGCCGACUAUUACUAUGG